UUUUGUAAUUAACGCAAGCUUAUUUCGUUUUCAACUGAAUGAUUUACGUGCAUUUAAGACAGACCUUUCCGAUUCUUUAGUGGAACGGAAACGUGACAAUGGGGAGCCAAUAUCCUGUUUGAGCCAUUUCACUCUCGCUCUGGCAAGUGUAUGAAUGGAUCCAUUUGAUUUAUUAUUGAUGCACAUGUCUGUGUUUUUCAAAUAUAUUUUACUUUCUUAAGACCUCAAGCACUGACGAAAGUUAUUCGCCUUUAAUGGUUGAGCUGAAACGAACUGCAGAUCUUCCAAAAGAAGCGUCUUGUAACACGCUCUUGCUACACACUUAACAGCCAAUUUCUUAAAAGCCUUUCAUUUACUUUGGUAAGGAAGUUGAUUAAUUUUAUUGAAUUCAUUUUCUUCCUUUUUUCUUAAGUGAUGUUCUUUAUUGAAUUUAGUUCUGGUAAUUUCUCUUGGUAAGAGUCAAUGUCGACAUUCUUCGUUGGGAAACGACUUCUUUUAUUCUGGGAAGGCCUCGAAAUAAGGCAUUCACUAGAAAUUCAAUUCCUGACUAUUAGGAAUACAAUAAUAAAAUUGACAAAUCAGUAAUUUCAUUUAGUGAGCAACUGAUUUCCAAACUAGAGCUGAUUUAGAAUUAAAUCAACGCCAUGUACACCCAAAUAUGCAUUUUGCUAGUUUCAGUCUUGAAAUGCAGUGGUUGGGCAACCACUCUUUCUAUUAUAAUUCUUGUCACAAUGCAACAAGGUUCGACUAAUUAACAGAGUAAACAUAAAUUUUCAAGAAAACGAGACUGCCUCAGGCACAAUAACUAGCAAUCAAUACAAUGCAUCACUGUUUCUCAUCAUUCGUGUUCUCUAUGGCUUGACGGCCAACCCAAACUCAUUUUUGUCAUUUCAGAAAAUGCAUUUGUUCAGCCAAUUAAGCCUGAUUUUGCUUAUCACAUUGAUACAAAUCGAAAUCUCUACGUGGAGUCAAAUGGGUAAAUUUUACCAUAUACUUCACUGCUAGAGGAAUUUUCAUGGAACUACUGUUUUAUUCUGUAACUGAUACUCAUCGGUAGGAACUCGAGACUCACUCUUAGCUCAAUCAAUCGAGUAAAAAUAAAUGAAUCUGCUAAAUAUCUAGAAACCGCAAAAUAACCAUAUUGGAUGCGUAAUAUUGGACGGAGGGUAGCAAUUCUUGGAAUGUUUUGGCGUCGCCUUACUAGUACAUUUGUCAAACAAAUCGACCGUUUGUGAAAUCAACUGAGGUGUUUUUAAAGAAAAAAAAACAAAACAAAAAAGACACAAAAACAAACACAAAAAAUGAAAAAUAACAAAUAAAAAAUAAACGGACAACAUAAAACAAGAAAAACAAGACAACAACAAAAACAAAAAACAAAAUAAAAAAUAACAACAACAAAAUCACCCGAGGUUGCUCUUAAUCCACAUUUUGCUCAACAUUUCUUAUUUCCUUUUAGACUGACAAGCUGAAGUGUAAGUUCCGAAGGAUUGGCCAAAAAGCGCUUCCUGAUGUACCCUAGGUUUUUUAAUAUCGUUUUAUUUACUCUGCCAGGGUGUGCCAAAAGUAAUAAGUGAUAAAUAUGGUGACCUAAAAUGUAACUUUAUUAGGGGCUUAAGUUCAUUUGAACAAUAGAGUCGGAUGCAUUGCAAACUGAUGAAAACCACAUCAAAGUAUCUCGGAUACACUAUGUCAAGAAGUCGUAAUCCUUUUUCCCAAGACUAAUAAACAAUUUUAAAUGCUUUAAAGGUUUUUUAUUUAGGGAGUGGUUUUCUUUUUUGGUCUCGAUCAUUUGAUCAGCUUGAUGGAAAAAAAAUUAAGAGAAGUUUUAUGGUACAUUAUUUUCGAAAACUGAAUUACAUCUCAAUGUAAUAACCAAAGAGGUUUUUUAUUUCAUUAUUUCACUGAAAAUUGCGCAAUGUCGAUUUCUUCAAACUUGAAAAUUCUGACUUAAUAAUCAUCCGCGGCCUGCAUGCACUUAUCACUACUUUUCCCAUUGUUUUCUACUGGGGUUGAAACUAAUAUAUUAGUUCCGAUUUUCAUAGAAAUUUGUCUACAUCGCGUAAAAAAUGUUUGUCUAAAGAGCCAUUUUGUGCUUUCUUUCCUAAGAGUCUGUCACUUUUGAUUACAUUGGAUGAUUACAAUGGCGCCAGUUUAAUAUUUAGAAGUUCCCAAGAACUGUCAAUGUCAUCACCUAAGCGGACAGCUAACUUUAAUUAAUAUCACUACAGGCUAGCAGUGUCCAGCUUUGACGAAUAAAUUUUAGAACAUAAGUCUCUGACGCGAAGCUCUUGCUCGUACGAUGUCAUAAGUUAAGCUGGCAUGAAUAUAAAAUCCAGUCUGAAAGUUAUUCCAGGCUCGAAAGUGUCUGAUACUUCGUUUCAACACAGGUAAGAAUGAGGGACAUCGAUCGGUCAGGAUCGCGCGUUUAAUGGUGAAAAGCGAAAUUAGUGAAGGUUUCUCUAGUAAUCUCUUUUUAAAGCGUUCAGUGGCCAUAGUGAAUAUGCUUUUACCAAAACAGAUAAACCUGUUUCAGUUGCCUAAAUCAAGAAGAUAAAUUUAUUUUACAGAUGGUAAUUAAUUCCUUAAAUCACAUAGGAAUGAAAAAUUUUUUAGAAAAUUUUGUAGAUAAUGCAGGAGGUUUUAAAGAAGUGAUUAUCUUUUCUCAAAACAAUUCUUACUUAUUUGCCAUCCUACAGCCUUGUCUCAUUGUGGGUUACCAAAUAGUCUGGUAUUGUAAAUUCUCCCUAAAUAAUUCACACCUGCAAGUAUUUAUUUUUUCCUUUGCGACGAAAAUGCAUCCGGUGUAAAUAACAUUAGUGUUGCUUAAUUUCAAUCGAAAACCACCUAACCUUAAUAUUUUUAAAGCUUCUCUUGUGGCUAGCAAGUGGCUCACCGCUCAUGUCUAGCAAUUACGCUAAAAAAGAUACCAGGGUCAGAUGUGACUAAUAGGGAGAUUUCUGGCUCACGCUAAGUUCUAGGGCAGUCAAUACCCUUAGCAGUAUAGUACUUUACAAACGCAGGAUAUUUGAACAUUAUCCUUAAAAUUGUACUAUUGCCUCCAUUUAGGUAUCCCCGUUCGGUAUAACCGAGUACUUCUACAUAUCAGUUCGUUGGAAUAAACUUAAGGUAAGAGCAGUAAAUGUCGAAUUGGAAUCGCAUAAAACCAUGUAUGGCUUGAAGGCAAAGUCUGACUAUUUAAGCAAGUGUUAACGAAUAUUUACAUGGAAAAGACCAAAAAUUAGAAGCGAGAAGAUCAGGAAUCGGCUGUAAGGAUCAAAAUUUGACAAAAAAUCAUCCUUUCUGCAUACUUGUCACUUGCAGAGAGCCUCGGAAACUGUCCUAUAUUUAAAGCUGAUCGUGUUUUCAAAUCCCUUCUCAUCAUUUUUAUCCUUUGGGUAUCAUUUUGAUUUGCUAUUAUGGUUUUCAUUGAAAUUUUACGAUUCUCCUAAGUUACUGAAGAAAAUUUAUGACUGCAUCAGAAAAACCCUCACACAUGUUGGCUUUUCACUUGCAAGGAUUAGGGUUAACCGAGAAUGACCAAAACGAAUAGAUCUCGACUUAAAAAUAUUUUGAGUAAAGAUCUCGGGCUGUGAGUAGGGCGAAGGAAGGAUAUAGAAAACGGAUCAGAGGAAAGUGAGGCAAUAGCAGGAAUUUUAUGAAACCACGUCGGUGACGGAACCGUGAAAGUAGAGGAACAAAAGAUUUAGCAACCAGGGCCCAGUUUUAUAAAGGGCUGAUAACGCUACCCAACGGAUAAAUCGCUAUCCAGCGGAUGAGUGAUAGCAAAGCGUAUAGCGUUAUCCAUUGGAUAGAGAUUUAUCCUGUGGAUAGCGUUAUCAGACCGUCGAACAACCAGAGCCAGAGCAAUAGCUCAGCGGGCGCAAUUAUAACACUUUGAACAUUUCGUAAAAGAAAACGUGAUAUCACCAAAAUUUGUCUCCUUUAAGAACGGGAACCUCGACGUACGUAAAGUAGGUCAAGUUUGUGCUUUGAACAUCCACAUGCUAUGCUGGAGGGGAGGAUCUUACAAUAUCAGAAACGGUUAAUUCAUCGAGUUGCUGAGAAAAUUUCCCAGGAGUAAAAAAAGUUCAAUCUUUUAAAAAGGGGACGUUUUACCACGCGUCGCUGUCAUGUUAUCUGAAGCUCCCUAGUGUUUUAAAGUUUCGGUAAAUUUAAGCUGCUCGUUAAGCCCCGAAAUGAGAAGUUUGUUUCAUGGUGGAAUGCAGGUUUUCUAAGAAAUAAGUAAUGAGGCGGAGAAUACAAAAGUUGGUCAAAAAAAAUGGAAUAGGAGGAGGAAGCUAAGAAUGUGUCACGUGCAAGCCUUAAACAUUUGCGGGGAAGUUACUUAGUUCCUAACUUAUCUGAUUCAAUCCUGGCUCUUAAAAUUAAGCAGAAGUAACAGUUAUGAUUUUUAUCUUUAAACAAAGGGAUGAAUUCUUCUAACGAUACCGCCUCAGUUAUACAGCUUUACACAGACACCGAGAAGGUUGUGUUGAUCACUCUGUACGUGGCGAUCUUUACAGUAGCUCUAUUUGGCAAUUCUAUUGGAUUGUACGUAGUUUGUUUGAAGACAACUUCUAAGAGAAUACAUAAUCUUUUGAUCAAGAACCUGGCAAUCGCUGACUUGUUAAUGACAUUGACUAUUAUGCCAUACUCAGUGCUUUUCAUGUUCCUUCAACCAAACCAAUGGUUUGGAGGAACUUUUGGGACAGUCACGUGCAAAGCGUUUUUCUACGUCAUGCCUGUUUCAAUUGCUGCAUCCGUGACAACGAUGGUGGUCAUUUCUCUGGAUAGAUUUUGGGCCAUCUAUUUCCCACUCAAUCAGGCCGUUUUCCAGAAGCAUAAAACAGUGACAGCGGCGAUAUGGCUCAUUUCUUUGAUUUCCACGACGCCAUAUUUGUUACUAUUCAAAGUUUUCAACGUAGGGGAGUACUCUUAUUGUGUUCAAGACUGGCCUUGGGCAGAUAACCCGAUGGACAGUUUUUUGGCCGUGCGGACAUUCUACGUUGUGUUAUUUUUUUUGCUCUAUCCCGUCCCCCUCUCCAUUAUAACCGUACUCAACAGCAUCAUUGGUCGCCGUUUGUGGUUUCACAGGAUACCAGGAAGUAUCUCUAGUGCUCCAAGGACACCCGUUGAACUCUCAAGGCGGAAAGUUGUCAAAAUGUUAGUCGUAAUUGUCUUGACCUUUGCGCUGUGUUGGUUACCUACACAUGUGAUGCAUUACCUCGCGUUUUUUGAACAGGCCCAAAUUACCGCGUUGACAGCGAAUUUGCUUUAUUGGGUGUCGCAUGCAAACAGUGCGAUAAAUCCUUUGUUAUACAUCGCCUUCAACAGAGCUUUUCGUUUGGCAUUUAUGGAUGCCUAUGUUGCAAUGGUCAUGUGUCCUGUACACGCAGUCAGUGCAUGUGUAGGGUACAUCUCUGGAGAGCAAUCCGUGCCGGAACUGCAAACAAGUGAGCGUCUUGUGGUACUCCGGCAGAAAGCGCACUCGUUUCGCGUUGCACCUUCUUCAGAACGUGCACAAGAUAAUGAAAAGGUGAACUAUGACACUAAGCUUUAAAUCUCUGUGUACGGCGCAGGCUUUAGAGAGCAAAAAUUUAGCUGAGUUAACUGUUCUAAAAGUUAUUUCAAUUGCUUGCACUUGACUUGAAAAUCAAUUUUGAAACGUGGAAAAUCUGAUGAUCAUACAAUUUUCAUGACGAGGAAAGUGCCAAAACUUGAUCAAGUGUUUCCGUUAAAAUAAAUUUCGUGAUUGUUCAUCAGUUAGUUGUAUCGGUAUCAAUGUAAUGUUUGAGGUUAUAUGGAUAAACUAGUGGCGAAAAUCUUCACAUGAACAGGCAAUUUAUAUUUUAAGAUGAAUCAAAAAAAGGACCAUUAUAAUUUCUCAUUGAUUGACAUAUAUAUAACGAUUGUGUCUAGUUGAUUAAGGCUUUUUCUGUUUUACGUCCUGAUUUCCCCAACCAACUAGAAGAUUAUUCCAAAUUUUCCGGAGUUAGUUAAGUCUAGUUAGGUAACACUGAUGAAAUUAAAAAUGACAAUUUCUCCAAUGUUAGGGGGUUUAUACGAACUAGUAUUCAUUGAUGUGAAAGCGAAGAUGCCCUUGUGUUCAAUGUACUUCGGCUGCAGAAUGAUGGCGUUUAAGUUACGAUUUACUUUGACAAAACUUUCGUUUUCUUGCCUAUAGCUGACAUUUGAAGUGUCUCAAAUCGAUGCACGUGGGGUCGUUAGUUGCUGCAUUUGAAUUUUCUCCUUUAUUUCGUAGGUAAACAAUUAACCGAGCUCUUAAAUUUCCAGCUUUCAGGUAAUGGAAUUGCCAUAGGGGG